AUGGCGAUUCUGGCCAGAGCCAAAUUCCCACACAUAGUGCAGGAGAGCCUUAUGGUCAACCCAGUAACUGUGGAAAGGUCUGCAGCUUCUGGUAUGGCCUCCGAAAAGCCUAAUCCUUCCCACCACAGUACGGGGGCUGUUCAAAUGAGGAUCAAAAAUGCCAACAGUCACCACGAUAGAAUGAGCCAAAGCAAAUCUAUGAUUUUGUCUGAGAAUGUGAAAGUCCCUGAGCCUGUAAGUCGUCAUAGAAGAAAUCAUUCCCAGCAUAACUUAACACUUGCAGACAUCAUUAGUACACAGGACCACACAGUAGUGGAGAAAGAAGGAUAUCUUCUAAAAGCUAAAAUAGCAGAUGGUGGCAAGAAAUUAAGGAAAAACUGGUCCACAUCCUGGGUUGUUCUCACUGCUCGGAAAAUGGAAUUCUACAAAGAAUCCAAGCAGCCGGCGCUGGCCAACCUGAAACCAGGAUAUAAACCUGAGUGUGUGGAUUUGUGUGGUGCUUGCAUUGAGUGGACCUCGGAGAAAUCCAGCAGAAAGAAUGUCUUUCAGAUCACGACAGUGUCAGGAAAUGAGUUUCUCCUCCAGUCGGAUAUCGACUUUCUCAUAUUGGAUUGGUUCCACGCUAUCAAAAAUGCAAUUGACAGAUUGCCAAAAGAACAGAGUUGUACAUCGAGAAAUUUGGAGUUCAAUCUCAGAAGAUCCUCCAGCAUCGAAUUACUGAAUAGCUUAGACACUGAAUCCAAAGAACCAAAGCCUGAACACAGAAAAUCUUUAAUUUUCAGACUGAACUACAGUGCCUCUGACACAAAUGACAGAAACCGAGUUAAAAGCAGAUUAAAGAAGUUCAUCUCCCGAAGGCCCUCCUUGAAAACAUUGCAAGAAAAGGGACUUAUUAAAGACCAAAUUUUUGGCUCCCAUUUGCACUUGGUGUGUGAGCAUGAGAAAUCUACAGUCCCCCAGUUUGUAAGACUGUGUAUAAAAACUGUUGAAAGAAGAGGUCUAGAUGUUGAUGGAAUAUACAGAGUUAGUGGCAAUCUGGCAACAAUACAGAAGUUACGAUUUGUUGUCAAUCAGG